AUGGUCGCCGUGCUCCUCCGGGGACAGUUGAGGUCGUACCCUGCCAAUGGCCAUGGAAUAUUUCUCCCACAAAUUCGGAAGCUUGUCUUCGAGUACUGUGACAAAUGGCCUUCCUCUGCAAAUACUCGCACAUACAUUCUCAAUCACCUUGAAUCUUUGGCGUGCGCCAACCCCCAUGUAGAGGUCGUGGUCAGGCAACGCACUUACAAGGAGCCCAUUGUUCGUGGGUACUACGUCAACAAUCGCGACAAAGUCAUCCCGCUGAAUGGCUUCGAAGUCACCGGCAUUGAAAAAAAAGUAGAGCUUCUCCUCGAUUCAUCGGGCGCCAAGAUCAGAGCCCUGAAGAAACCGGUGGAAAGCUCGACGGAAGCCACCAGGGGCAUCUGGAGUGGACUCCAUGCCGAACGUCCCAGACUGUAA